ACCUGCAUGUUAUGCUGCAGUCUGAUGUCACAUGACAAAGACAAAUAUGGUGAUUAUGACGAAGGAGAUGAAUCCAGCUCUUCAGAGACUGAAGAUGAAGAUGCAGAGGGUCUCACCCCGCAGAUUGAGAAAGAUUUCUUCAAGACUCUAUCCAUCAUUAAGAGUAGAGACCCCAAGAUGUACACAAAGGACAUCAAGUUUUAUCACAGUGAAGAUUCUGGUUCAGAUGAUAACCAACAAGAAUCAUCGCGCAGACCUAAACAAAAUAAAGAAUCCUCAAGGAAAGAUAAACCUAUGUACCUAAAGGACUAUGAAAGAAAGAUUAUUGUAGAGAAGGAAGGAAUGUUCACUGAUGAUAUACAGGGCAGUGAAGAGGAAAUUGAGAGGGCCAUGUCUCCAACGUAUGCAGAGGAGCAACAACAUUUGAAAGAAAGCUUCUUCUCAGCUGUCCAGGAGGAGGAGGAGGAAGAUGAUGGAAUCCUAACUGUAAAGAAAAAGUCAAAGUUGGAAGAGGAAGAGGAAGAAGGAAAGUACAUUGAAUGGUUAAAACAAGAAGAGGAUACUCUUGGACAAGAUGAUGCUGACACUGCAGAGUUGAAUCCUCUGAGGAAAUAUUGGACCAAUCCUGCUCUUGAUGACGGAGAAAAAUUCUUAAGAGAUUUUAUUCUCAAUAAAGGCUACAUUGAUAAAGAACAAAUUGGCAGGGAUGGCUUCAAUAUGGAUGAUCAAGAUGGUGAUGAUGAAGAGGAUGAGAUGGAAGAGGAAGAUUUCUCUGAAGAAGAAAGACAAUUAGAAGAACAGGAAGAUUUUGAAAGAAAAUAUAAUUUCAGAUAUGAGGAGCCUGAUUCUGACUUUAUCAAGCGUUAUCCGAGGACAGUUGCAGAGUCAGUGAGGAGGAAAGAUUCAAGCAGAGCUGAAAAAAGACAGGAGAAGAAAACAAGAAAAGAACAGGUAAAACAGAAGAAAAAAGAAGAGCUCAAACACCUUAAAAAUCUGAAGAAGCAGGAGAUAAUGGAGCGCAUCGAUAAACUGAAAGAAGUGACCGGCAAUGAAAAGAUUGGAUUUGAUCCUGAUGACCUUGAAGGAGACUUUGACCCCACUGAACAUGAUCGUCUGAUGCAGAAAGUGUUUAGUGGUGAAUAUGAAGCUGAAGAAGAGCAUGCCAAACCUCAAUUUGCUAAUGAGGAGGACUUUGAAGAAGAGAAUUGGGACGACUGGACACGAGCUAACCUAGACACAGAUGAGGACUACAAUGGGUAUCAGGAAUAUGAUGAUGAGCAAUAUGAGCAAGAUACUGAACUAAACUAUGAUGAUCCAGAUUUUAAUAUGGAUGCAGAUUACAUAGAUCCUAGCCAGAAACCAGAGCAGUCCGAUCUAGCCAGUGAGAUGCUGGGGGGCUAG